AUGAAGCUCUCCCUGAUCUCCCUCGCAGUUCUGGCCACCGCUGCCGUCGGCACACGAGUCACCCAAAGCGAAGCUGACGACUGGUACGACUGCACCAAGAAGGCCCUGAAGAUGGUCGACAACGGCAAGGACGACAGCGAAACCACCUGCACCCUCUUCGAAUGUCUCUGGAACAACGCGGAAGAGUACCACCGAGGUGGUAUGUUCGGUGGCCUGGCCGGAGUUCUGAACGGUUUCUGUGCUUUCCGCGGUGUUCCCUUGAUUGGCUCUUUGUUGGAAUAG